GUGAAACAACUAAAAUUUAGCAGAAGUUUGUGUGUUCUUGUAGGACCUCAAAGCUGAGAAAAGUCUGGGGAAAAACAAUCCUGAUGAUGUCAAUAGGAUUGGCUCUGCGUGGGCUCUGAGACUACAGUGUUUUAACAGAGAGUCUGCAUUACAAACUGGGUGGAUGGAGUUUAAAAGAGGCUGUGAGGGUCUAGCAAAAGAUACCAUCAAGUUGCAUUAUGGGACCCUCCAACUCAUCUAAUGUUCAUCCCUGGAGUACCCCUUUAAGAUUCACCUGAGCUGAACAGGGGGAUGUUGAUUACUGUACACUGAUCUAGUGAAAGUCCUUAACUUUUAUCGCAGUGGAACAUCAGUGCAUUUUCUCGUAGUAGUGAUCCAGAAGCCUCCAGAUAAAGUGACAUUAACCUGUGUCCCAGUAGUGGAAGGAGUACUCGGAUCUUUUACUUAAGUAAAAGCAACAAUACAACAAUGCAAAAACACUCCGUUGAAGGUAAAUGUUCUGCAUUAAAACAGUAGUAGGAAAAGUACAGGAGUAUUAUCAGCUAAAUGUACUCAAAGUAUCAAAAAUACUAAUUAUGCAGCAGGGUGGCUCCUGUCAAUUUUUGGAUUAUUAUUAGCGAAGCAUAAACACGCAUACAAUGAGAAGCAUUUUAAUGUUGUAGGUGGUCAUGGUUGGGAUCAUUUUAGCUAUUUUACAUAGUGCUGGGCGACGCCUGAUUGCCAACCAGACAAAAAGUGGGCAAAGACCAUGGGGGCGCCCUAGACCUCCAGGGGCCCAAAAGCCCCAGGUUCACUGUGUGUCCGUUGGUUUGUGAUCAUUUAACUGAGUGCAAAUUGGUUUGGGAAUGUGCAGCACUGAAUCACAAUAACAACUUAAAUGAUAAAGGCCUUAUAAGAUCUUUAUUUCUUCUAACUCUUCUGUCACUAAUGUGACAUUGUGCAGAGGGACAGGUUGGUAGUAUUCCAGGAAACGACUACUGGUUGGUUUCUGGGUCUUUAGGCAAAAUGUAAUGAAGCUGCUGCGUGCGUGAUGCGCACUUGAACGUGACAGUGCACAGAGAGUACAAACUAAGUAACACAAAAUGAAAAUACUCAAGUAAUGUACUUUGGAAUUGUAUCUGUAAAAGUAUAUGUCUUGUUUCCCACCAGUGCUGAGCCCCUUGCUGGACAAUACAAUCGUAAGGGAUCCAUAUCACCUUAACAAAUGUGCACGCAUCUCUCCAACAGCUUGAAAUCAAUAUUUCAUUUCCAUAGGUCUGUGAAAUAAACGGAUUUGUUUUUCUGAUGUUGCGUUGUGGCGUGAAAGUGGCUGCUGUGAGAUGUUUACAGGCCCCAAAAGACACAGCUUGAGAGGAACUGCCUGUUGUGAUGCUAAAUGGCAGCGUGUUAUUCCUACACCAACCAGCAGGGAGCAGCACACGAUCAAACAGAGAAGCUAAAGAAGAAGAAAUGCGGAAGUGUGCACGGUGUAAACAAUCGAGUCACCCAAGCAGCGUUACGAAUGAAAUCCCCCAUUUGAAGUGUUAAACGUGUGCGGGCUGUCUGCGGCCACCAUGCCUUAUCUGGGCGGUGAGGACACGGUGAAGGAGCUGAGGAGAGCUCUGUCCAACCCCAACAUCCAGUCCGACCAGCUGCGCUACAGGAACACCAUCCUCAAAGUCAUCAGGGCGAUGUCACAGGGUGUGGAUGUAUCAGGCCUGUUCAGUGAGAUGGUAAAAGCAUGUGCCACAGUAGACAUAGUCCAGAAGAAACUGGUCUAUGUCUUCCUGUGUUCCUAUGCCACUUUAAACCCAGAGCUGUCUCUGCUGGUCAUCAACACGCUGAGGAAAGAUUGUCAGGAUCCAAACCCCAUGGUCCGCAGCCUGGCCCUGAGGAACAUGACCAACCUCAGGUUACCCAGUCUGGUGGAGUAUGUGGAGCAGCCUCUGACAGCAGGACUGAGGGACAGAGCAGCUUGUGUACGACGAGUGGCCGUACUCGGCUGGGCCAAACUAUACAAUCUCCAGCCCAACUCUGAGAUAGAUGCUGCAGUGGUGAACGAGCUGUACAGCCUGCUGAGGGACCCAGACCCAGUGGUGAUGGUCAACUGCCUCCGAGCUCUGGAGGAGAUCCUGAAGGACGAGGGAGGAGUCGCUAUCAACAAACCUAUCACCCAUCACCUCCUCAACAGGUUGAAGGAGUCUGAUGUUUGGGGUCAGUGUGAGGUGCUGAGGAUCCUCCAGCGCUACCGGCCUCAGUCAGAGGACGAGCUCUUUGACAUCCUGUCCCUGCUGGAUUCCUCCCUGGUCAGCCCCCACCCCCCAGUCAUGGCCGCUACCCUCAGCCUCUUCCUCAGCCUCUGCUCCGGCCUGCCUGCUGUCAGUCUGGUGGCCCUGGAGCGAGUACGUGGACCCCUGCUGGCCGCCUGCGGGAGCGUGUCCAGAGAGAUACGGUUCACUGCCCUCUGCCACAUACAGUUGCUGCUGCGUUCUCUCCCUGGCCUGAUGGGGGCGCACUACAAACGUUUCUUCUGUGGCUAUGCUGAGCCAGCCUACAUCAAGCAAAGGAAGAUGCAGGUGCUAGUGGAGCUGGUGAAUGAUGAGAACGUAGCCAUGUUACUGGAUGAGCUGAAAGGAUACUGCACUGAUGUCAACACUGACACUGCCCAGGCUGCAAUCUCAGCUAUAGGUCGUAUUGGACGGAGCUACAGCGACAGAUGUCUGGAGAUCCUUACUGGACUGCUCGGGCUCAAACAGGAGCACAUCACUUCUGCGGUGGUGCAGACUAUGCGUGACCUGGUCUGGGUGUGUCCUCAGUGUAGCGACACUGUAUGUUUGGCUCUCGAGGGCUGCGAGGAGACUCUGCAGGAUAGCCAGGGCAGGCAGGCCUUGCUGUGGCUGCUAGGCGUGUAUGGGGAGCAAGUCUCCAGUGCCCCCUACACGCUGGAGGUGUUCAUUGAUGGAGUGAGGAGCGAGGCCUCUCUGGGAGUCAAGAUGGAGCUGCUGACGACCGCCAUGAGGCUGUUUUUGUGCCGGCCCGCUGAGACACAAGACAUGCUUGGAAGACUGCUGCACUACUGCAUAGAGGAGGAGACAGACAUGUGUGUGCGUGACCAGUCGCUUCUCUACUACCGCCUGUUGCAUUGUGGGAUAGAAGAGACACGAAAGGUCCUCCAGGGUCGGCGGUCAGACCCGUCCCUGGGUGUUCUGAUUGGCCGCCCCGCGGAGCCCAUCAGCCACUGGGCAUGCAGCUUUAACACUCUGGAGCCUCUGAGGCAGGGCACCGUAGAGACAGAGUCUGCCAGCAGAGGAAGCCCUGAACAUGUGACCUUUGACCCCAAGCCUAACACUGACCUCUCAGACACACUGAACUGUAGCAAAGUUGACACGGUUCAUGCAGACUCAGACAGUGCCAAUCGGUGUACAGACUCCUCCUCUGAUGUCUGGGCUUCCGGCGGCGCAGUCCCCCUCAGCUUGUCCCUCUCCCCGGCUCUCAGCCCAGAGGAGUUUGAGCGCCUGUGGCUGCAGAGAAAGGCCGAGCAAGGUGCUGAGAAAACGGAAGAGGAGGAGGAUUAUGCGUGCUUGGAAGAACACGUCCAAUGUCCUGCGAUACCUCGCUGUUCGCCACAAAGUCUUCAGGCUGCGAUGCAGCUGGUCAAUAUCCAGACGCUGGCCUUCACGCCGCCGCACACACUCCCUUGGAGGGUCUACCUGUACACACACACCCAGCACGCACACUCUGGCAACACAGCCCACAGCACGCUCAUACUGGGGGAGCUCCUGUACACUGGAGAGGCAAAUCAGAGAGUAGUAGCAAAGGAAGCCAUGGGUGACGGUGAGGUGGUGGUGGUGGAGGAGGAGGAGGAGGAGGAGGAGGGCGGGGAAGAGGAGCAGUUAAAAGAGGGAGAGGAGGCCACAGCUGACGGGCUGAGCGGGAGAGAGUCGUUGAGAAAAGACGGAGAAGAGGAGGAAGUAAAAGUGACUCUGAAGCAGCAGCCAAGAGAUGACAAAGCUCUGAAGGGGUUUCUCUCCAUCAUUACCACUGUACUGCACACACUGUCCUCAGGGAGAAAUUAAGUAUGCAUUACACACACACACAUCUUUGUACUUGCUUACAAAGACGCUCACUGAACACACUCACUCCCUAUACAUAACUGUAAAAUUUCCCCUUGCCGGAAAAAGCACCUCACUGUGCAAAGUGCUUUCACUCUGAAUCAGUCAGCCCCAACAACAGGAAACAUCCAGAUCAUACACAUCUAAAUGAGUGGGAGAAACUGCUCGCACGUCUCUUUUCAUCUUCCACAUUUUAAGUUGUAUCAGCUGAAAUAAUUGAUGUUGGAGUGGAGUCUUUACAGGAGUGGAAACGUCAAUAAACACGGCCGCAUUAUUCAGUAGAGAAGUAAAUCUCAGCUGAGGGCCAUUCAUCUCCUCAGCUUGCUGUUUUUCCACAGUCGAGCCAUAAUAAGAAGAUUAACGAAUAGUUCAGGUUGGGAAAAGGGUUGGCCUGAUGGGGGCACUAUGGAGGACCAGUUUCACUGCACCACCAAAGCAGUGGUUGUUUUCCCCCCUGGGACUGAAGUUUACAGACAAACACAUGCCCUGAGCGAAGUAACCGCCUCGCUCAUUCAUAGGAUGCAGAGCUGGACCGGGGCCCUGAAACUGAAAGGCAUCGUGAAUCUUGUUUUUAUUUCUGUGUGUGCGCCACUGAGCUGUUGUCCGAGGCUCCCAGAUGCCCAGCCUCACCCUUGAGUGUGGAUUCAAUUUUACUGAUUUGUGUGCACGUUGGAGGCUAUCAUGGUAAAUGCAAACACGUGAACAGACUUGAAACAAAAUAAAACGCUUGGAUGCCUCCUGCACUGUCA